AUGAGUGGAGUGCCGGGAGCAGGCCCAGGUGGGUCAGGUGGCAUAAGCAGUGGUGCCACCCACAUCUUUCGUUCGCUGUCCUCGGAAAGCCAGAAGCGGGAGUGGUCCAAGCGGCUUUCCCUACGGGGAAUGCGCCAUGGCGGUGGAGGAGGAGGAGGUGGUGCUGUUGGAGGAGGAGCGACAGGCACAGCCUCAGGACUUGCCAAGGAGGAGAGCAAGCACAGAAAGUUCUUCAGCCGCUCGGCCUCACUGCGUCAGGCGGGUAGCACCGGGAGCCAGCAGGCCUCCAUGGAACUCCAUGUGCCUGGCCAGGGGCAGAGUGUUGGUGGCAGCUCCUCUGGAGCGGGGUCUCCCUCCCAGCCGCCACAAACGCAGACACAACCGUCGACGCCCAAGAAGUCCAACUGGGAGGUGAUCGAACAUUUCAAUACGAGUGCCAAGGGAGGCAAGGCCAUGGUUAGCAGCAGUUUGAUUGCGGCUGGCAUUACGCGCUGCAACAUCGACGAAUCCAUCGAUUCCACCAACUCCAGCUCCACCUGCCACAGUCCCAUGGUCUAUCAACGUGACGAGGCGCAGCUGCUGCAGCACGGCGAUCCCGGCAACCUGGAGGCCAACAAUCCGAAUCCGGGCGGUGGCGGAGGUGGUUCCGGUGGAGCAAACGGUCCAAUGAGUCCCAGCAUCUCGUUCUGGUUCCGUUUGAACCGCAUCAUCCUGCGCCUCUGCUCCACGCAUCAGUUCAAGAAUCUCCAGGUGGAAAUGCUGUAUCAGCGCUACUUUCUGCGUAUGAACCAGAGUAACACCACGCAUAUCCUGGCGCUGCUCCUGGCUCUGGUUUUGGCCCUAUCCUGCACGCACUUGGUCUUCACCACGCUGCAGCUGCGACGCAGUAGCUCGCUGCUCCUGGAAAUCGGCCAAAUCGGUUUGGAGGCAAAUGCGACGACCGGUGGCAACUUGACGACAACCACAAUAAAGCCUCCGGCAUCAGCCGCUCCACAAAUUGCCUCUGGCAGCAACAGCAGCAGCAUCAGUCCCUUCAUUUCGAAUUUUGAUACCGGGCUUGCGAGUUGGCCGAAAGGCACUGAUUUGAAAUCCGUCGUUAACCGCGAACUGGCCGACAUUGACGAGGAGGAUAAUGGUCCUGGAUGGCGGCAGUGGCGGCGUCAGAAACGCAAACAUUAUCGACGGCUCCAUAAGCAUCGGUACAAGCACAAGGAACACCAAAAGCAUCGCACCAGAUAUAGAAUACGGGAGAGGAGGAGUCUGGACGAGAUCGAGCUGGUCAGUGGAGGAGGAACCCGGCUGAAUGUUGACACUGCCCCCGAUAAUGUUUACAUAGCUCAGGCUAUAGAGCGUGAUGGCCAGGAUGAUGAUGAUGAUGAUGAUGGGCGGAGUGCUGGCAGUAAACGCAUUACGUAUACGCCGCGUGUCCGCGACAACAAUCAAAUUUCGCUUGCGGAACGUGAUGAAGUGUUAAACACAUCGUCAUCAAACGCAGGACCGUCAGUCAAUAAUUUGGACACUCCGCUGGGCUAUGGCCACGCCCUGGCCCUACUCCUGAUGCAGGUGGAUGAGUCAGUUUUGGUCUUUCUCAUUGUCAUGCUAAUCUGCGGGAUUGUCUACUCCUUCCUGCUAUGUAUCCUCUCCAAGCCGGCCAUGAACGAGAUCUUCCUUGUGCUCGUCUCCUAUGUCAUCCUGGGCACCUUUCUGGCCAUCGAAGUUGCCGUAAGCUAUGCCAUGGAGCCAAGCAAAUCCUUCAAUGGCAGCGCCUGCUGCAUAGUCCUCAUCUACAUGACGUACACGAUGCUGCCCCUACGCCUCCGGGAGGCUCUGAUCGGUGGCAUCCUUCUGAGCAUUGUCCAUCUGUAUACCUGCCUGAGGUUCACCAGGGAAGAUGAGCCAACGGAGGCAAUCAAGUGGGAGGAGCUGCUCUGCACUCUGGUUGCUCUCCUCUUGGCCAAUCUUACCGGCGUUUACACCCACUGGCCCAAGGAGAAGGCCCAACGCAAGGCAUUCAUUGAGACGAGGCAGUGCAUUGAGGCCAGGCUGCGGACACAACGCGAGAAUCAGCAACAGGAACGCUUGCUGCUGUCGGUCCUGCCGCGUCAUGUGGCCAUGGAGAUGAAGGACGAUAUUGCGGGCCAGCCACGUGACACACAGUUCCAUAAGAUAUACAUUCAGCGGCACGAGAAUGUCAGCAUUCUCUUUGCGGACAUCUGUGGCUUCACCAGCCUCUCGGAUCAGUGCACCGCCGAGGAACUGGUGCGUCUGCUGAACGAGCUCUUUGCCCGCUUUGAUCGAUUGGCUGCAGAGCAUCAUUGUCUGCGCAUUAAGCUGCUGGGCGAUUGUUAUUACUGCGUCUCCGGACUCCCGGAACCCCGUCCGGAUCAUGCCCAUUGUGCCGUAGAAAUGGGACUCGAUAUGAUUGACGCCAUUGCGCUGGUCCGCGAGGUGAUGGCGGUGAAUGUGAACAUGCGAGUGGGCAUCCACACGGGACGGGUGCACUGCGGUGUCCUGGGCCUUGUCAAGUGGCAAUUCGAUGUUUGGUCCAAUGAUGUCACACUGGCGAAUCACAUGGAGAGCGGCGGGAUACCCGGACGCGUUCACAUAACCAAGGAGACCUUAAAGUGUCUGGAUGGCGACUAUGAAGUGGAGCAGGGCAAGGGCAACGAACGUAACUCGUAUCUCAAGGAUCACCAGAUAGAAACCUAUCUCAUAGUGCCGGGGGAUAUCUACAGGCCGCACAAAAAGUCUCGGAAUCGCCUGCAGGUGAAUGGAAAUAUAUCCAAAGAGCUGCGCAUGAUGGGCCAUGGAACAGCCCAGAAGCAUACAUCAAAAUUUGGUUUUGGGGACAGCUCGGAGAGUGCCAAAGACCCAGAGGACGAGGUGAAUGAGUAUCUAAUGCGUGCCAUAGAUGCUCGCAGCAUAGAUCACUUAAGAGCUGAACAUUGUCAGUCUUUAUUGCUUUGCUUUAAGGAUAAUGUGCUUGAAAGAAAGUAUGCCAGUGAGCCGGAUCGCAUGUUAUGUGUUUACUUCUACUGCAGUCUGUUGGUGCUGCUCGGAACGAGUGCAAUGCGACUGGUGGUGUUCCAGAGCUCCCUGUUGACACUGGCCUUGUCCACCGGCGCUGUGUUGCUGCUCGGGCUUCUGGUAUUUCUGGUGGCAUGUCAUAAAAUCAACUUUCAGCUGCCAUCGGACAUCAAACGCUUCUCAUUGCGCAUUCAUAGCAAUCGCAGGAUAUCACAGUUUUUCGCCUUCGCCAGCGUCGCUUUGAUUGUUCUCACCACCCUCCUGGCCAUGUUCCAGGAAUCGUCCCGGCAGCUGGAGUUACUUCAGCGGAAGCUCUUCUGGCUGGAUGUCAAUGGGAAUAUAAAUGUCACGGCAUAUAACCAUCAGGAGAUGUAUUCUCCAGAGGAUUCAGAAUCCGAGUGCGACUUUUACUUGGCCUACAAUACAUUCCUGCUGCUCACCCUACUCUCGAUGAUGAGCUGUGCCACCUACCAAGUGCUACGCAUCCUGCUGAAGCUGCUGUUGCUCCUGCUGGCCUCCGGCAGUUACAUGGCCUGCUCCACCUACUUGUACACGCACAGCAAGGAAAUAAGCCAGGAGUUGGCCAACGAGGAGGCAAUGCUGCGCUACAUAAUUGAUUCCAUCUUCCUGUUCGCAUUUAUGCUGGCACUGAUUUUUCACAGCCAUCAAACUGAGGCCACUUAUCGCCUGGACUUUAUUUGGAAGUUGCAGGCCACGGAGGAAAAGGAGGACAUGGAGCAUCUACAGGCUUAUAACCGCAAACUGCUCGAAAACAUUCUGCCCGUUCACGUGGCCGAGCAUUUUCUGAGCCGCGAAAAGCACCUUGACGACUUGUACCACGAGCAGUGCGAUUCGGUGUGCAUUCUAUUCGCCAGCAUUCCCAACUUCUCCGAGUUCUAUGUGGAACUUGAGGGCAACAACGAGGGCGUUGAGUGCCUUCGUCUGCUGAAUGAGAUUAUCGCCGACUUCGACGAACUGCUCAGCGAGGAGCGCUUCCGCUGCAUUGAGAAAAUCAAGAGCACGGGCGCCACUUAUAUGGCGGCAUCCGGCCUAACGGCGAACACCUGCGACCGGGUGAACUUUAGCCAUGUGACCGCCAUGGCGGACUAUGCCCUCCAGCUGUUCGACAAGAUCGAGGAGGUCAACAUGCACUCCUUUAACAACUUUCGGAUGCGAAUAGGCAUCAAUAUAGGUCCUGUGGUGGCCGGCGUCAUUGGAGCCUGUAAGCCUCAAUAUGACAUCUGGGGCAAUGCCGUUAAUGUGGCUUCGCGAAUGGACUCCACGGGUCUAGUGGAUCACAUCCAGGUGACACAGGAGACGCAGCAGAUCCUGGAGGGACGUGGCUUUGAGCUCACCUGCCGCGGCAGUGUGGAUGUGAAGGGUAAGGGCUCUAUGAUCACCUAUUUCCUCAAGGGCAAGAAACCCAUUGAAGUCAAGGAGGAGUUGGCCAAGGCCGAGAUUGAGCCACCAAAGACUCUGACGUUAAGCAAGGAGCCGGAGAAGACAAUCAGCGAUGCUGAGAAGCAACAGGAUUCGGUUAAAGAAGAUCCUACGGAGCAGGAGGAUGACCUACUGCCCUCGCCGGACAUCGAUCUCAAUUCCAAUAUGCAAAAUCUGACGGCACAGAGAAGGAAAUCCCUCUGCCGGCAGCACAACAUCUCCUCCUCAUUUGGAACUACAGUAAGCAGCUCCACUGGCAUCACUCCCAGCAUAUCCAACAGCUCCAGUGUGGUCACCAUUGGAGCCCUGCCCGCCAUCCUUCGAGGUGGUAAUCCUGCCUCGAAUCCCACGGCCACUGACAAUUGCUCGGAGUGCGGGGGAGCCAGUAAAUCUCUGGCCACGCCCACUGCACCGCCAAGGACACUGGUGGCGGAACUCAAAGAUGAGAUAGCCAGGGAUGAGAAGAUGGGUCUGAAGGACUCCAUUGAGAACCUAGAGAUUCUGCUAAAGAACAACAUCAGUCUGUCGGAUUUGAGUAACAAGCAGCAGCAGAAUCUUCGUGGAGAAAGUGCGUCCACUACAACGACCCUGCGAAAGAGGGACACCAUUGUCAGCUUCAAUGUGACGGAAACGGUGACCACCACUGCAACUCCGUUCUCCUCCUCAUCCGGCUCCUCGACCUGCUCUUCGCAACAAAAGAAGCGCAGAUCGGUGACCACCAUUGCGGCCAGUUGCACCACAUCCACCACGAUGCGUCUCCUGUCCAACGAGAGUCAGAGUUCCACACAAACGGCACCGGGAACUCUAGAGAGUUCUGUGCCCGGACAAUCCUCCACGGAGACCUCCUCCCAGGACUGGCAACCACGAACGGCCACGCUGGAACCCAACCGGAGUCCCAUCAAGACCUCGCAGUCGAUGAGUCCCAUUGGUCAGCUGACCACCGAGGUGUUUGUGCUGCCCAACAGCCGGAGCAUGGUGCUCAUCAGCAGCAGCAGCAGCACAAACGGAGGCGGUGGAUCAACACUGGGCCUGGGCACAGGAGGUGGAGCCAGUAGCCCGAGGACUGGACUCCUUCAGGAUGUCAGCACGUAAAGGAUGCGCAGGCAACCGUGUAAAUAUGUACAAAUCCGACGGGCUUAGAGGUAGGAGUAAAGGUAGUGUUAGUUGUGGUUAUUGGAUAAGUUUAGGUUGUAUGUUAGCUUGUAGAUUGAUUGGGCUUGCCAGUAUUCGGUACAGAUGAACUUCUAUAAGUUGGAACUGAAACAUCUUAACUUAAAUAACUAAAUAACUUUCUUUUAAAUACUUAAUUCACAAAUUUAUAUACAGAGCUGAUUUUCCAACUUAUAGGAGUUCAUUUUGUAGCCGUUUCUCUUCCCUUCCCCCCAUUAUAUGAUCUCGCAUUUAUUGUAGCUUUACGUGUUGUUCCUCAGUUAGCGUUUCAGGGCACCAAAUAAACAUAAACGUUUCCAUAUCACUCAGAAAAGUAAAGUACGAAAGCAAAGUCUUGCACUUCAACGGGGUACCAAAGAGCAUUGAGCAUUAGGUUGUAAGUGAGAGAAGGAUGGAGGUCCUUUUUUUGGCAAGGAGUGUAGGUGUGUAAGGUUCCUAUGUGCGUAAGUAGGUAACUUGGCAGACAUUGCAUUAGUUUGUAAAAUAUAAAGCGGAAUAAGUGUGUGCAAAGAAAUCGAAUUUAAAAUUGUUUAUGGUAACAGAAAAAUUAAAGUAUUAAAUGUUUGAGGGGGAAUGCAACCCACUAACUCCUUAAAAACUAAUUUCAUUUAAAUAUAUCAAGUAUUAUAACCUUCUCGAAACUCUAAACUAUAUUUAUUGCAUUCCCCUUAAAACACUUCUAAGCCCUCUUGGACAGCUUUCAUCAGAAACUAAAUAUACUUUUCCCUUACCAUAUCAACAAAUAGUAUUUUUCCUAGCUGUCCCUAACUAUUGUUUUCAUUACCCAAAUCAGAAAUCUGUCAAUUGAAGUCUGUUGAUUACGAAGAGCAACAUGAAACCUAUAUUCAACUGUUGCACAAUGAUAUUUUCUAAGGCCUAAGGUAAUAUUAAAUGAGUAUAAAAUACGAAAUAACGUUAAAUGUUAAAGCAGCAUCGUUUAUGUGUAAUGUUAAAUGUGUUUCAAUGUCUGUAUGUCUCAAUGUUGCUGAAAGCAUCAUCACUAUAUAUAUUAAAAUAAUUAUAAUACUUAAAUUGAUGCAGU